UCGAAAAUCCAAGUGAAGAGGUAGACAACGGUCGCAAAGGCCAACUGGGCAGAUAAAAGGGCAUAAAGACGAGCCCAUCGAAACACUCCCAAGCUAGCUAGCAUAGAAUAUCCAAGCGAGACGGCAAAAUGGCGGCCUACGAUCUCUACUCGCAUUCACCUCCGGUGUCUGAUACGGCUUCACCUCAACUUCGAGAGCUAGGCCCGAUCACACCGAUACACUCCCCGCACCACUCUGUACACUCGUCAACCUCACUGAGGACCCCACUCCAUACACUGUCGAUUCACGAGUACCGCAAGCAGCAAAGUACGCCGUUGUCACGCAUUGCUACACCAUCGGGGAAGACCCUUCGGAGGAAGGCCUCCGCGUUCGCUCUGAACGAGCUUGAGCGCGUCCCAUCGACCAAGUCUGCGUUGCGCCGCGACUCGCACUCAUCUGCCCGGCCUUUACACGCGUCUUACUCGGCGCACCAACUGACUAAUAGCACUCCCUUUGGUAUCGAAUUGGUGUCUGAUCAGAUAUCUCGGUCUCAGUCGGCUGGACCAGGCGUACAUGGUGGCAGUAUAUCGAGUGUCGCGACUGUGGACUCGCAAGGAAAGUUGCAUCACUUUAAUACUAGGAAAAGGCUCCCUCGUCCGCUUGCGCCAACACGCUCCGGGUUGCAGCCUGCACCUCAAGCACCUGUGAGGCCGACAAGGCAGAUUCGCGCGACACUGCCCGCACCUUUGAGUUUCCUAACCGAAGAGUCUAAUCUGAGCGACGCACGAAGCACGCCAACACCUUCACUUUCGCGUUUCCCAAAGCCACCACACUUUGAAACACUUCGAGAGAUAGAACGGGAAAAAGCAAUCAGCUUCGCAACUACUGCACCUGCAACUCCACCUGCCACGCCUGCGACCAUUCACUAUCGCGGUGCUUCUUUCGAUCUCGUCAAUCCGCACGAAUCGUUGCCGUACCACGAUAUCGUCACACCUUCAAGAGAUUUCGAUUCGAGUGAACUUUUGCCGUUUCGGUCAUCGCAAGAGUCUCAGUCAAGUUUCUCAGAUAUGGCGCCGAAGCGCCCUCUGUAUGGCGAUCUCAACGCUGCACAUGCAGGCAUCGUGCGACGUGCCGAUGACAUGUACACCGAGUCCAUGCUUGAUCUUCCCCUACCGCCGACACCAGUAGCAUUCAGUCCAGGCUCCUCGGCAUACACCUCUCCCGGCUACAGCCCCGAAUCUCAGUUUGCUCCGUCUCCGUUGGCUGUCAGGAGACCCCAAGAUGAGUCACGUUUCUCGAUCAAGCAGCUCGCGCGCACACUCACAAAGAGGCUCACAAAGCCUGUCGAGCAUGAUGAAGAAGAAGAAGAGCUGCAGCAAUUGCGAGAAAGUAACGCGAGCGAACUGUCUAUCAGCGCAGAUGCAGAGCCUCUGCGUCCUCUCGAGCAAACGUACAUACCAUCAGAAAGAUCGUCUUAUUUCCCAUUAAGUCCCGUCUCGCCCACUUCCCCAGUCAGUCCUGCAUCUUUGCACGACUUCGGGUCGGUCUCAGAUGCGGAGGAAGAUAGAAUCGAGUAUGCGCGAAGGGAUUCUGGCCAUAACUACAACCCGAAAAGCCUAAGUUCAAUGGUACCAGAUGAUCCAUCCACCCAGGUCGGGCGUGCAAACGAUCCGCGUGCUUCCGUGUUUGCGACGGAAUCAGGAAUACGACCUUACUACGACGACCUGGCAUCCAUAUAUGCCAGCUCAUCUGUUUACACCGGAGACGACCAUCGGAAGUCGGCCUAUCAGCAGAGUCUUGCUGGAAAUCGCCAAAGUAGUGCAUUCCUGCGCUACAGCGGCAUGGAUGCGGCGGGUAUGGCGAAUGAGUACAGCUACAAUGAUCUGGAUAGAGUCAAUCGACCAGCCUCGAGACCGCUUACACAAGAGAUAUAUCAUCGUUCUGCAGCACGAGGCGACAGGAAGACAGACACCAUCAGUAAAUUCAUCGACCAGUACGACCCUGAACAUGCAGGAAAGACAGCCUCAGCCCGACAAGACCUGGAAAGCACUAGUACCACCAGUUUGAUCGCGCCCUACACGAUGGACCAUGAUAAGCGAGCAUCGACAGCUGCUCCGCAAGUCGACAUAUCGCUUUCCCGUUUCAGUCAGUUCCAGUUCGAUCUAGGACUCACGAAUCAAUCCGAAGAUGCUGCUGGUAUGUAUACGCGUACACAGUCGACGAUUGCCACAAAACGCGCGUUGAAACGCCAGCCUGGAGCACCUCCAUCGGCACCUCCCCCGCUUGCUCCAGCUUUCCAGUACGAUCAAGCCCCGAAACCGGCCACCCGGCGCGAAUUAUCCGAUAUGUUCUCGAACAGAUCGUACAACUCUUAUGGAGACACGCGCAAUCUCUUGCAGCUUCCUCGGUCUGAGGCAGGCGAAUCCAAAUUCCCUGCGCAAAGAAUUCAGUCUUCAUCUUCGUAUUCGCAGCCUGAGGCAAAAGCACUCGAAGUAUCAUCCUCGUAUUCACAGCCUGAAGAUAGUGUAAGUCCACACACUCCACAGGAAGCGCUCGAUCAUGCCGAACACAUCUUUGACAAAGCGGCCGCCGAACCGGAACCAAGCUAUGAGGAUAUACCAGCUAUGUGGGGAAGGCGGAGCCCUGUGAACUUGCUCCGCAAUAAGCGGCUCACAGGUGAAUCUGCGGGAACUGCAGACAAUGAGAAGGCGGACUGGGAGACUGUUGCUGGUGACAGCCAGCGGGGCCGGGCAUCUUUGGACAGCAUCGCCGACUACAGUAGUAGUGAUGGUAGCCGUAACAGCUUGGGAUUGACUGCGGCAGCAUCACUUCCUUCCUGGGUGGAACAAGACCGUGCAAAGGGUCAAUCGAUUUACAGUCACCCUAGUCCCAUACGAUCGCACGCUCAUCCUUUCAGCUCGUCACCACCUCAUCUGAAGGGUCGCGCUGGUUUCCAAACUGCCCCAGAUAUGUCUACAUCAGGCGUACCAUCAAGUCCCCCGGUAUCGGCAACUAUGCCUGUGUUCCGGUUCUCGAGUCAACCUAGGCGUGCGGUCGACGAGCCUCAUGCUUUCGCUCCAUGGGCUGAUCCUUACGCUUUGAGUGAUAAGGAGACACAAGAGCUGUUAGCCUCUGGGCCCAACGACGAUAUUCUUUUCGACAAUGGAACCGACGACCAAACAAGACGUCUGAGCUACAGGUUCAAGAAUCACGCAAGGGUCCCUGAAAGUAGUUCACCGCUUAGUAUCGUCAGCGAGCCUGGCCUGGAGCGUGAGAACACAUUUGACAAGUUCACCGUCGUCGGUCCAAGAGGCAAUCUGACAGGCACUCCUCAAGGCACCGGGAUGCAUGAUGCGGGCAGUAGUGUAGCAGACACUAGCAGCCCGGGUGCGAAGUUGAGCUCAAGUGUCGGUCCUCGUAGCCCGUGCUCUGACUAUGACGGGUUCUACGCCUCUCCAUACCCUGCCAGUGGUAGUGUGACCCGAAUCCAACAAUCGCGCACUGCUGACAUUGAAUCUGACCACGAGCGAUCGCCGUCUCAGAUAACGCUAUUUCCCAGUGCAUACAAUAUGGAGCCUACGCAGGGUUCUUCUCCACUUGCUGGACCAGACGGCCGACGAAGUCUCAGAUCUUCAACUACAUUCAAGCCUUCUCGGAGGUCGAGUCGCGCGGCUGUGCCGGGCCAGACUAAGUUAAGACAGAUGGUCCUCGCUCCUGAUGCGCGCUCAACCGUCUCAAGCAAAGACACCCAUUUCUCUCGUUUUAUGAGUGUAGCAGAUAGUGGACGUCCGUCAACGAGCGACACCUCCACUCCUUUGCACCCCACUCAUCCCAGUCUCGACACAUUUCCUACUAUCCGCAGUGGCAACACCGUCAUUGCGCAUCAGCAUUCACCGCAUCUGCUCUGUCCGGAACGCAAAACCACCCUCGAGGACGAAGCACGACGCCGUAAGCUUUCAUGGCUAAUCUUCGCUUGCUUCUGCAUACUGCCACCUUGCAUGUUCCUUUUUAGGAUGUGGGGAGAUUCUAUCAUCGUGUCAGUUACCGAAGGCGAACUUGGCCAUUGUACAGCGAAGUCGAAGCGGGCUGCACUCAUCGCUGGAAUUGUCGUCAACAUUGGACUGGUCGCGGCAAUCCUGGUUCCGAUUCUGGUUGCGCAGGCACUGAAGGCCAUAUGAUGGCGCUGUCCUGUCGCGGUUGAUUUUCUUGCAAUUCCCUUGCGUCUGUUUCUUUUCCGUUUCCUUGGUAUUGCAUCAUAUGGCGUACAACUUGGGAGUAAUACUGAUGAUGCAUGGGUGGUCGGGUUGCAUAUUGGAGGCGUUUUAUCUCGUGCGUGACUCUAUCUGUCGAUAGGUCCGAGUUCACACAAAGCUCUCUGGUAGCUUAUAUGCCUCCACGGAGGUUAUCAAUGGAUCGUCUAAUACAAAUAUGAAC